AUGAAUAAUAAAGAAAUGCCUACGCAAAUUCAUGUGUCUCGUUUUAAACAAUGGUUUGGUUAUGAAGAAAAACCAACUACAGACCUAGCUCUAAACACUGAAGUUCUCACUGAAGCCACAGAAACGCUAGACGAAUUCUGUUUUGAGGAAACUAACCAUAAAAUACAGAAAGAAGUUAAUCUCGCCCCUGAAACUGAACAUCAAGUUGACAGAAUGGAGAAUCUUGAUUCCGAUAUAUAUAAAACGGAGAAAAUUAUUAAAAAAAGAACAAGAGGAGGAAAAAUACAAUAUCUAAUUAAAUGGGAAGGUUAUCCAUCCAGCCAAAAUACUUGGGAGCCCGAAGAGAACAUUUUCGAUCCUCAAGUCAUCCAGAAGUAUAUUAAUAGUAAAAAGACUAGCAAAAGUGUGCAUAUCUCAGCUAUAACCACGACAAAUCUGUGCAUACGUAAGAAGAAAAAUCAAACUAAUUGUAGGGUCAUGCCGAAAGUAACCCGAGAGUAA